GGCCUCUAUGCCAUGUUGCUCUGUCAGGGGUUUGAACAAUGGAGCCACAUAUUCUUUAUUGGUCGGCUCAGGUAUAAAAGCGGUAGGGGGGACAUACAGAAACUUGUGCAAUCCUGAGACCAACACAGUAACCGCAACCAUGUCUACGGGCAAGAUCAUCUUCUACGAGGACAGGAACUUCCAGGGUCGUUCCUAUGAGACCUCCAGCGACUGCCCUGAGCUGACCUCCUACCUGAGCAGGUGCAACUCCUGCAGAGUUGAGAGCGGCUGCUUCAUGGUGUACGAUCGUUCCAACUUCCAGGGAAACCAGUACUUUGUGAGGAGGGGAGAGUAUGGUGACUACCAGCGUAUGGGCAUGUCUGACUGCAUUAGGUCCUGCCGUAACAUCCCCAUGCACAGAGGAAACUUCAGGAUGAGGAUCUACGAGAAGGAGAACUUUGGAGGUCAGAUGCACGAGCUGAGCGACGACUGUGAGUCCAUGACCGAUCGUUUCCGCAUGAACGACAUGCAGUCCUGCAACGUGAUGGAUGGCCACUGGCUGAUGUACGAGCAGCCCCACUUCAGAGGCAGGCAGAUGUACAUGAGGCCUGGAGAGUACAGGAACAUGAGAGAGUUGAGCAUGCAAAUGGGCUCCAACACUGUGAGGUUCAACAGCAUGAGGCGUAUUUUGGAUUCUUGUUAUUAAAUUCACCAAUGACUAAAAUUACGAGUAUAAAUAAAAUCACCUAACUUUUAAA